AUGACUGCGAGGCAGGUCCAAGCAAAGGACAUGGAGACGUCCGGUUUGGACUGUGGAUGUGCCAGUUGGCUCCUGCUCCAGAAGUUGGCACCUGGGAGGCAUGGCGAAGAGAUCCGAAGAGCGGUGACUCAGGUCGGUCGGACCCUUUUAGCCCUGGUGGGGGGAGGCGGUGAGACUUCCAAGGUUGCCACCAGAAGUUUGCACGAUCUUUCUGCCCGCCUGAUAUCGGGGGAGUCAGUGAAGUUCGACAUGUUCAAGGGCAAGGUUCUGCUUGUAGUGAACGUGGCAACACAAUGA